AAGGACUGGCCUACCAGUUUAUUCCUUGUUCUCAGGACUCACGGGCGACAAUAAAAUGCUCGCUUCCAUGGUGGAUCCAAGUCGCCAUCUGCCUCAUCCAGUGCAAGAGGGAGAUCAAACUGGCCACAGCAGUCUCAGAAGCUAGUCAAAACUAGUGGGAGGCUGUGUGCACAGAACUAGAAAAGAAAAGGCUUGGAGAUCGAAUGGCUCGUGGUAAGGUUCAGAUGAGGAGGAUAGAGAACCCAGUGCACCGGCAGGUCACCUUCUGCAAGCGGCGAAUGGGCCUGCUGAAGAAAGCUAGGGAGUUGUCUGUUCUCUGUGACGCUGCUAUCGGUGUCAUCGUGAUCUCCCCCCAUGGCAAGAUCUAUGACUUAGCCACCAAUGGGAACAUGCAAGGUUUGAUCGAGAGGUACAGGAGAGCCUGUUCAGAAAUGCAUGGCGAAAGUAGCAACCACAACGAAACUCAGACGAUAAAACAAGAGGUGUUAGCAUUAACGCAUGAAAUUGAUUUGCUUCAAAAGGGAUUCAGGUACAUGCAUGGAGAGAAUGAUAUAAACCACAUGAAUCUUGUCGAGCUCCAGACCCUGGAAAAUAAUCUUGAAAUGUGGGCAAAUAACAUUCGCUCCCAGAAGAUGCAGAUCAUCUCCAGGGAGAUUGACAUGCUCAGGAACAAGGUCAGGUUCAGUAUUUGUCGCUCUGUUCCUGCAACAAAGCUCAGGCUCAGCAAUUUCCGUCACCGAAGGUUCUUUGCGCUUCUGUUUUGCAGGAGGCCAUACUGCAGGCUGUCAAUGGCGUGCUUCAGGAAAGGAUAAUCGAGCAGAAUGGGAUUCUGAAUUUCAGCGGCACGGCGAUGACACCGUCCCAGCUAACCAUGGAGAGUAACUACUAUUUGUAGGCAAAGCUGUCAUCCUACGAAUUUAUAUACGUUUGGUUCCGAAAAUGUAUGGUGUUUCAUUUUGUUCCAAGUCAAACAUCUUGACCAAGUUUGUAGAAAAUACAGUAACAAUCUACAUACAAUACGGAAUAAAUGCACUACAGCUCAUAUUUAA